AUGAUCUACGACUCUCCUCACACGCCCGUCGACCUCCCAGAGUGCUCCGUAUGGGACAAGGUCUGGUCCAACCCGAGGGGCGCAAGGGACGACGAGACGGCCGUCAUUGAUGGCCCGACCGGGCGGAAGUUGAGCCGCGCGGAACUGCGCUCGUACGCCCAGCGACUCGCCCACGGCUUUCGCAACACCGCACGACUUUCGCCAGGCGACGUCGUCUGCCUCUUCUCGCCCAACAGCAUCUACUACCACAUGAUCGUCUUGUCGACGCAAUGCGCCGGCAUCGUCUUUUCGGGAGCGAACGCCGCGUACCAGCCGGCUGAACUUGCGCACCAGCUGCAGGACUCGUCUGCGAAACUCCUCCUCGUACACCCAAACACCCUCGAAUGCGCGCUCACCGCCACCUCCCAACUCGGCUGGUCCACCUCCGACCAAACCUCGCGAAUCAUUCUCGCCGUCCGUUCCGACGAAGCCGGUCCCGCCGCCUCGCGCUUCAAGACCCUUGACUACUUGAUCUCGGAGAAGGAGAUGCAGCCGCACAAGGUGACGAACCCGAAGAACACGGUUGCGUACCUUGGAUACUCGUCGGGAACGAGUGGGAAGGCCAAGGGCGUCAAGACCUCGGCGUACAACAUGACGUCCGUCCUCUCCAUCCUUGCUCCUCUCAAGACGUAUCCGCACGACGUCCAGCUCGCCGUACUACCUCUCAACCACAUCUACGGCCUGACGAAACUCGUCCACUGGCCCGUCCUCUUCGGCAACCCCGUGGUCGUCAUGCCCCGCUUCGAACUCGACGCCCUCUGCACCUACGUCGAGAAGUACAAGGUCACUUUCCUCAUGCUCGUGCCGCCUAUUGCGCUGCACCUGGCGCGCGAUCCGAAGGUCGACAAGUACGAUGUCUCGAGUUUGAGGAUGAUCAUCUCGGGCGCUGCGCCUCUCGGACCGGAACUGGAGAAGGAGCUCGCGAACAGGUUGCCAAAGUGCACCGUCGUACAAGCCUACGGCCUGACCGAGUCCUCACCCACGACGCACGUCGCCAUCACCCCCAAGCGCGGCUCGAUCGGCCCUCUCCUGCCCAACAUGCGCUCCCGCAUCCUCGACCCCGAAACCGGCAAAGACGUCCCGCAAGGCCAGCAAGGCGAGAUGCUUCUCGCCGGUCCCAACAUCAUGCUCGGCUACUUGAACCGUCCUGAGGCGAACGAGGAGACGCUUGUGAAGGAUGAGGAGGGGACGGUUUGGCUUCGGACGGGAGAUAUCGCGAGGGUUGACGAGGAGGGGUGGUUCUACAUCAUGGAUCGGCUGAAGGAGCUCAUCAAAGUCAAGGGCUUCCAAGUCCCUCCCGCCGAACUCGAAGCGACCCUCCUCGAAUGCCCUUACGUCUCAGACUGCGCCGUGAUCGGUCUCUGGGUCGAGAACGAAGCGACCGAGUACCCGCGCGCCUACGUCGUCCUCUCCUCUGCCGGGAAGAAGGAGUCGGACUCGUGCGCGGCGAUUCAGAAGUGGAUGCAGGGGAAGGUCGCGCAUUACAAGCAACUCAAGGGCGGGAUCAAGCUUGUAGAGAGCGUGCCGAAGAGCCCGAGUGGAAAGUUGCUCAGGCGGAUCUUGCGUGACGAAGCAAAGAAGGAGAUGGAGGACGCCAAGGCCUCUGCAUCGAACCAGCAGGCCAAGCUCUAG